ACAAACAGACAGAUCACAAGUAUAUAGAUCUUGUAAAAAUUCGUCUGCGUGGCUAACUCGGGAAUAAUAUCAAGAAAUAAGAUUAUUCAUCAUGCCAGAGCUGAUAGAACAAAUGUACUGUUCUCAACAGAUCGUUAUACCCCCGAAGUUUCCAUACAUACUGAAAAGGUAUUGCAAAGCGGCAAUUAAAACUCAACCCUACGAUCUACUCCGUUGGUCCUAUGAGUACUUUAAAGCGUUGGCCGAGCAUCGGGAACCACCGGUAAAGUUGCGACUUGAGUACCCUGUGUACAGCACAGAAGGCGGACUUACGAGGGGCUGCUUGAAAGUUCUAGCUAAUCAGUUGAUAGGCAUGUCUGAAGUGCCACUACCGGUGCUGAAGAACGCGUGGCAGGGCUUCUGUCUCGAUCCUCAUGAGUUGAAGAGAGUGCUGUGCCUCUGUGAGGUCUACAUGCGUAAAGAGACCGUUCCCUUCUUGCACUUCAUCGCAGUAGCUGGAGGCUUCCUAACGAAGACUCUAACCCACACCAUGAUCCUGCUAUGCGAGACCCUCACCAAAGAGCCAGAUGGUGGAUCAGCGGCAAUCCCCAUAAAUGACUUCCUCGCCAUGUACAAGUUCCUCGCCAAAAUAGACGCUUCCAAAGACGUGAAGUACUACAAUGGAUACAAGGAAGGCGAAGCUCCUAUUAUUGAAUCGUAUGUUGAAGAAGAACAAACAGAGCCUUCUGUGGAUGAAGAAGAUGAUAGUCUAUCGGACGAUUACUGGCAAGACACUAGAGAUUUGCAGAAAUUAACACUGAUAAACGAUCAUGUAGCCCGCUCAACAAGGCUCAGUGUAAAACUAAACAUGCCAGUUGUUGGCAAGAUUGAACGAUCGCCUUCUAUAGAAAGAGCCAGUCAGAUUGAGAGAGAAAAUUACUUGAAAGAACGCAAAGGUAGAGCGGUUGCAAAUGAAGAAGUUGAUCAAAUAUUAAAACAGUUGAGUGCUGCAAAAUUAUCUACACAAAAUAUUCAAACUCAUGAUACCCCCAAAUCCAAAGAAGAGUUACUAGUUGAGAAGAAAAAAGAGGAUGUGGAUAUUUUGGUAUACGAUGAAGAUGAUAAUCUAUUACCACCAGAAUUUUAUGGUGAGCCAUUAGAAGUAGAAGAUGUAACAGAAGAAAUGGUAGAACCUACUGCUGAUAACUUGCUAAUUAUAGAAGAUAAAGAAAAACAGGAGAAAGAAGUUGAAAUGCGGAAGAAGAUAGCUCUAUAUGUAGAGGAAGCCUACAACCAGCGAGAAGAACGUCUUGAAGAUCUAGAACGUACUUUUGAUAAUAUUGCAGCUAUAGUUGAUAGAUUCAAGUCGGCUAACUAUGAUCUUGGUACGGUGGCAGGGCGCCAGAUGUCGACCACUAGCGGUGAAUUCAUCGUUGAACAUAUCGAGAAGGAGAUCAUGUCGCAUGUUGAUCUCCAGAUCGCUAUACUGCCUGAUCCAGAUUUAAAGAAAAAGAAGGCUAAACCGGAAGAAGUGGCAAUGGUCCGUGAUAUUUUAGAAACUUUUAUUAAUGAGAACAUGGAUGUCAUUGUGCCGGAAGUGGAAGAGGUCGAAGAAGAGGAACAACCUAUUCCAGAAAUAACAGUAGUUUACGCAGUGCCUGGUAUAGGUGAACCAGUGGAAGAGGAAAUCGUCAAAGAAUUGGUGGAUUACGCUCUCGACGUUUGCAAAGUACAAGCGGAUGUAUUCAUGCCCAGGAAUAUUAGGCAUUUCUUGUGCCCACCACUUGAGAAAUUCGACGAUAAUAAAUGUGAGAAAAGUACCAAAAAAGAGCAGGUGCCCACCGGCGGAGUGAUCACGGACUAAACAAGAAUAUUAUUAUAGAUAUAACUUAACUUUAUAUAUUUAUAUUAACCCUUAUAUUUAUUAUCAGCAAUGGCAAUGUAGAAAG